AUGGAAAAGUGGCAAAAUAAGGUUUCUUUGGUAACAGGGGCCUCACAGGGAUUGGGAAAAUGUAUCGCUCAUACUUUGGCUAAAUAUGAGAUGAUUGUUGUAGCCUGUGAUAUACGUAUGAAUGAAUUAGAGGAAUCGUUAAAGAACUGUAAAAUCAAACCUGGAAAUGCCGGUUUUAUAGACCCAGUGAAAUGCGAUAUUUCUAAAGUUGAUGACAUUCUCAAAUUGUUUAAGUAUAUAGAACAAAAAUACAAGACUUUGCACGCAUGCGUCAAUAAUGCAGGUGGCGGUUUUCUGGAUUAUUUUUUACCUAUUCAGGACAAAGAGGGGAAUUAUGAUGGAAAGAAGGAAGAGAAAGAAAAGGACCGGAUAUAUAAAGGCUGGAAACAUAUCUUAGAAGUGAACAUUCUGGGCACGUCCAUUUGCUCUAAGGAAGCGAUAAACUUGAUGGCCAAAUCCGGCGUGAAAGAUGGACUGAUAGUCAAUGUGAGUAGCAUAUUAGGACAGAGUGUUCAUUUAACCGAAAUGAACAAGUCGGUCUUUUACAAUCACAUGUAUAUAGCGACAAAACAUGCGUUAACAGCUAUAACUCAAUGCUUACGACUGGAAGUACAGCAACAUUCUUAUGCCAAAGCUACAAGAAUAGUAACUAUCUACCCGGGUAUUAUUAAAACCGAGUUCACUGAUAAUAUCCAGAAUGAAGGUUCACAUUUUAAGAAUAAAUUUACUAUAGGUGAUUUCAAGCAAGCUUUUCUACGAAAAUUACAUUUAACCCCGGAGGAUGUAUACGACGCUCUGCUAGACGCUUUUAAAUGUAAUAAUUCGGUACAAAUGGACGCUAUAACGAUAAGUCCUGUCCGCACUCCUGGGAAACUAUUUUAA